AGCCAAAGCGAAAUCAGUUUCUUAAUCACGACUUGUAUACAUGUAAACAAAAUAACCUGUGUGCCUGCCUAUAAAUGUACACUACUUCCUUUUUGUGAUUCCUCUCCUCCACUCUCCUCUCAAAUCUUUUAACCACAACCCCAACAAAUCAAAAACUCAAAAUCUUUCUUCCAUGACGACGCAUCUCAACAAAAAACCAAGAAGGUUAGAGAACAACAACACACUAGUCAACCAUUUCGACCACUUACCUGACGAUCUCAUCAUCUCUAUCCUCCGUAAACUCUCUUCCUCCGCUUCUUCUCCUUCCGAUUUCCUCACCGUUCUCCCCACGUUAGUCUCUCUCUCUCUCUCUCUCCCACCCACGACUCCAUCNAAAGCCGGUACUCAAACCUUAGCCGUCACGGCGGAGAAAUGGUCCGACUCUGCUCACGCUUUCCUCAAACUCUGCGCUAAUGCCGGAAACGCCGACGCUUGCUACGCUCUCGGAAUGAUCCGAUUUUACUGUCUUCAAAACCAUGGGAGCGGCGCGUCGUUUAUGGCUAAAGCGGCGAUUCAAUCUCACGCGCCGGCGCUUUAUGCUUUAGCGGUGAUUCAGUUCAACGGAAGCGGCGGUUCAAAAACCGAUAAAAAUCUACGCGCCGGGGUAGCUCUCUGCGCUCGUUCCGCUUACGUAGGCUACGUCGAUGCGCUUCGUGAGCUCGGUCACUGUCUCCAAGACGGUUACGGCGUCCCUCGUAACGUCUCUGAAGGUCGCAGGUUUUUGAUUCAAGCCAACGCGCGUGAGUUCGCGUGUUCUCUACGCUCUUACAUCUCUCUCAAAUCCGACGAGGAAGAAGACGAGGAGAUGUUGUUGACCGAUCUGAGCGCGGUUCCGGUUCAUGAGAUUCAUCCGGUUAACCGGUUUUUGAAAGAUUGGUUUGGUCCGGGUCGUGUUGGUUUAGCGGAAGGGUUGAGGAUGUGUUCGCAUGACGGUUGCGGGAGGCCCGAGACUCGUGCUCAUGAGUUUAGGAGGUGCUCUGUUUGCGGGAAGGUUAAUUAUUGUUCGCGUGGAUGUCAAGCGUUGGAUUGGAGAGUUAAGCAUAAGAUGGAAUGUACGCCGUUGGAUCUUUGGGUUGCGGCGGCGGCGGCUGUGGCGAUGGAUGAGAUUGGUGGCGACGGUGAAGCGGUGGUCAUUGGUGAUGAUGCUGAUGAUAAUCAUGCGGAGCGGUAACAGUCUCUCUUUGACCGUUGAGUUUUUUUUUUUCUUUUUUUGGGAAUCCUUUUAAGCUUUUUUUUUUUCUGUUUUUAGUUUUUUCUCUUUUAUUAACUAAAUUAGUUUGGACUAAUGGCGUUUCUGAAUUCCCUAAUACUGACAUGACAUGUUACUUUUAACAAUAUGGUA